AUGCCAUUUGGAUUUGGGAGCUCAUCCUACUACGACCGCCAAUUCCGCCAAUCGCCCGCUCUCAUCAGGGCCCGGAAACCAUACCUCGUCAAGAAUGCCGUCGUCGGUUCCGCCAUUGCUGCCUUCACCAUAGGCAUUUACAUUUACACUAUUCGAGCUAUCGGCCAAGACGAGUUCGAAGACGUCAAGGUCCCCGACGCACCUGUGCAGUCAUCUCAAAGAUGA